AGGGUACAACACUUCGGUACGUAGCAGGCAGAUAUGCAGGUAAGGGAGAUAGCGGAGGUGCUACUUCUAGAAUUGCAAGCACACUGACCCGCAGAGAGGGGCUCCUCCCCCGUAGCAACGAAUAGGAACCGCCCUUUCCCUUUAGAAAGUUCUCCAGGCAGAGAAACAGAAAAGGAAAGGAAAGAAAAAAAACAGACAACCUGAGCUACCCUCUUCUCGACUGUCUCCCGAGCCAGGCACAACACAAACCUCUCUUCAUACCACUCACACACCGCUCCUCUCCUAUCCUUCUUAUUCUUCUUCUGCCCUCAGCCUCCAUCACAUAACCCUCUCCCCAAACCACAUCCAUUCAUUCUUCCUCCUCGCUUGCCAGCCUCUCUCUCUCCCCUCCUCCUCUUAGACCCUAAUCAGCAACAACCGCCAACAUGCGCGAGAUCGUUCACCUCCAGACCGGCCAAUGCGGCAACCAAAUUGGUGCUGCUUUCUGGCAGACCAUCUCGGGCGAGCACGGUCUCGACAGCAAUGGCGUUUACAAUGGCACCUCGGAGCUCCAGCUUGAGCGCAUGAGCGUCUACUUCAACGAGGCCUCUGGUAACAAGUACGUGCCUCGCGCCGUCCUUGUCGAUCUCGAGCCCGGCACCAUGGAUGCCGUCCGUGCUGGCCCCUUCGGCCAGCUCUUCCGCCCCGACAACUUCGUCUUCGGCCAGUCGGGUGCUGGCAACAACUGGGCCAAGGGCCACUACACCGAGGGCGCCGAGCUCGUCGACCAGGUCCUCGACGUCGUCCGCCGCGAAGCUGAGGGCUGCGACUGCCUUCAGGGCUUCCAGAUCACCCACUCUCUCGGCGGUGGUACCGGUGCCGGUAUGGGCACCCUGCUGAUCUCCAAGAUCCGCGAGGAAUUCCCAGACCGCAUGAUGGCCACCUUCUCCGUCGUCCCCUCCCCCAAGGUCUCCGACACCGUCGUCGAGCCUUACAACGCCACCCUCUCCGUCCACCAGCUGGUCGAGAACUCUGACGAGACUUUCUGUAUCGAUAACGAGGCCCUGUACGACAUUUGCAUGCGCACUCUGAAGCUGUCGAACCCCUCGUACGGUGAUCUCAACCACCUCGUCUCUGCCGUCAUGUCCGGUGUCACCACUUGCCUGCGCUUCCCCGGUCAGCUAAACUCUGACCUGCGCAAGCUUGCCGUGAACAUGGUGCCCUUCCCUCGUCUACACUUCUUCAUGGUCGGCUUCGCACCCCUGACCAGUCGCGGUGCCCACUCUUUCCGCGCUGUCACCGUUCCCGAGUUGACCCAGCAGAUGUUUGACCCCAAGAACAUGAUGGCUGCUUCGGAUUUCCGCAACGGUCGAUAUCUCACGUGCUCUGCCAUCUUCCGUGGCAAGGUCUCGAUGAAGGAGGUCGAGGACCAGAUGCGCAAUGUUCAGAACAAGAACUCGUCCUACUUCGUUGAGUGGAUCCCCAACAACGUCCAGACCGCCCUCUGCUCCAUCCCACCCCGUGGCUUGAAGAUGUCAUCGACGUUCGUCGGUAACUCGACCGCCAUCCAGGAGCUGUUCAAGCGUAUCGGCGAGCAGUUCACCGCCAUGUUCCGACGAAAGGCUUUCUUGCAUUGGUACACUGGUGAAGGCAUGGACGAGAUGGAGUUCACCGAGGCCGAGUCCAACAUGAACGACUUGGUUAGCGAAUACCAGCAGUACCAGGAUGCCGGUGUCGAUGAGGAGGAAGAGGAGGAGUACGGCGAGGAUGCCCAGGGCGAGGCCGAGGAGUAAAUUGGACCCCUCUUAUACCCAUUGCCACAGAGAGGGCAGCAUUGCGUGGAUGGAUGGAUGGAUGAGUAGGGCAUGUCACCAUUCUGUGGUUGUCUUCUAUACUAUUCUCGCAUAACCCCCCUCACUCCCUCCCCUCCCUCUCAGCGCCUAGACCUUCAAUGGAUAUAAAGGAAUAAUAUAGUCAAUCGCGGUCGAUUGCAAGGUCUCGGGGGCUUGUUAGAUGUGUAACCAACCACUCUCUGGCGUGUUUGGGAGAAGGAGAAGAACAGAAACAAAGAACUAAAAGAGGAGGGUUAUUAUUCUUCGGUAGUAGUGACAAGAAAACAGAAUUGAUUUUCUUGUACCCGUU